ACUGCCCAGCAAUUGCUCAAAAGACAUUCCUACCACUGAGCCAUCACCAUCCCUAGCUCGCAUUCCUCAACGAGCCCUCUCAUGGCUCUCAUAACCAACCAGGUCGUCUCAGACCAGCUAGCUCUGAUCCGCCUCCUGUUCGCGGGCAAACUCAGCUUCAUAGACUUCUACACGACAAGUCUGCCCUACACCAGCACAUUCAUCUUCGGCUGCGCUCUCAUCAUCAUUGUCUUUGUGAGCUGUCAUACCGGGAAAAAGAACGAUUUUACGCUGGUCGACAAAAUCUGGCCGACGAUAACAGUCUCCUGCACAAUCAACUACAUCAUCCACGGCUACCUCGUCUUCAACCAGCUCAAUUCCCGUCUUCUUCUUCUUCUUGCAAUCCAAACAUGCUGGACCUAUCAUCUAAUGGAGCUCUUCGCCCGCCGCGGCGGCUACUCCGGCGUCGAAGACCACAGAUGGGCCGUCGUCCUGCGCGACCUGAAGGACAAUCAAGUCCAGCUGAUCCUCUUCAGUUUCGCAUACGUCAGCUUUUUCCAGCCGUUGAUGCUCAUUAACAACUCUCUUCCGGAAUUGAAGCUUUACGACGCGGGAUCGGUCCCGCUUUCCCCUCGCGAUUGGUUCUAUCUGGGUUUGAUUGCUGGGUUGGUGGGGUUUGAGUAUCUGUGCGAUACUUACGUCCAAGAGUACCAAGUUGCAAAAGCUAUUUACCUAAAAGACAAAACCCUCACGAAAGACUAUACCGAGCAAGAACUCCAGCGCGGAUUCUGCACCAGAGGUCCAUUCGCAUUUUCCCGACACGCCAACUUCUGCACCGAGCAAUUCAUCUGGCUCGCCCACUACCUCUACGGCGCUAGCUUCGACUCCAGCUGGCUCAACUGGACGCUCGUGGGUCCCGCGACUUUCUUCCUGUUUGUCUGCAGCUCGGCAGGAUUCACCGAGGCGAUCUCCGCAUCGAGGUAUCCUGAGUACAUGGUUUAUAGAGAGAAAGUGCCGUUUUUGUUGCCGUUGCCGUGGAAGCGGUGGACUGAGGCUAAGGCAUGAGGGAUUCAUAGUUACAGGGAGUC